UUGCCGUUUUCGUAGAGGGGUUAAAGUUUUACUCGUUGCUGAAGUAUACGGGAAAUAAGAUGGGUGAUAAGCAGAGGAACCGAGUGAGAGUGAAGAAUUAGGCAGAAGACGGUGGUGUGCUGCGUAUUGUAGCGGUGUGCAGUCUUUGCAGACGGUCCCUGACUGUGGAAGUGACUGGUUUGUGGUAACCAUGAGCUGCUGUCGUGUAGAACCUCUGUUGGACAGGUGCCUUAUUUGCUUAAGCAAAAACCUCUCCAGAUAUGAGUCCGAUCUGGACCCGCUGCCUCCGCAUCUUAAGGACAAGCUGAUAAAGCUUCUUUCUGUCCAGGGACUUCUCACAGACUCCAACAUUGGACGGGUUCUGCAUCCAUCUGUGAAAAAACUUGACCUCCGUGACUGCGACGUGUCUGACAAUGCCCUGAGAGCAAUAUCCCUGUGCAGACAACUCAAGAAAAUAAACUUAAAUUCCAGCAAAGGAGAAGAGAGAACCUCAGUUACGUCUGAAGGAAUCACAGAGGUUGCUCAGUCAUGCCCAUAUCUCCAUGAAAUCACUCUUAAAAAAUGUCGCAAUCUGACUGACGCGGGUGUCCUGGCUCUUUCACUAAAUUGCCCUCUAUUGCAAAUCGUUAACUUGAGCGGCUGCUCCGAAGUCAGUGACGUGUCACUGCACGCGCUGGGGCAGAACUGUCCUCUGCUGCACAGUGUGGACUUGUCUGCUACAAAGGUGACCGAUGAUGGCGUCAUUGCUCUAGUGUCUGGCAAAUGUUCAUCAAAUUUAAAGGAAAUUCACAUAGAUCGUUGCCUACAUGUGACCGAUGACGCAGUGGAGGCCAUUCUCACUUGCUGUCCCAAUAUCUACAUUCUGCUCUUUCACGGAUGUCCACAAAUCACAGAUCGCUCAGCAGUGGCCAUAGAACAGCUUCUCGGAUCAAAAAAGCUAAAGCAAGUCACGUGGACUGUAUAAUGGGCUCCUGGUCCACUCACAUAAGCCCUUUUCCGUUGUCGCGUUCCUCCUGUGUCCUUUUGAUGUAUAUUGUAUAUGUGAAGCCGCUCAUAAAGGUUGAUGGCAGAUCAAUGUUGGUGGGUUUGACCAUCAGAUAAGGGCACCUUCACAGCUGUCAUUGUCACCCCUUCUCUGCUCCAUAGACAUUCAAAUGCAGAUGUUCUCUGUAACUAGGGUUGAUGAAGUAGUCCAAUGCAUCCCUUAAAGACACAUUAAAUGAAGUCUCACACAUUCCAGGGCAGUAUUUUUAAGGUGAUAAUAGGUAAAUAUAAGAACAGAAGGAGCGUAGAUAUGAAUUAUCUUCUCAGAAGUACCCUAUGUCUUGCCAUUAAGAUACAUGCAUGUAUAGUUGAUUACACCUUUAUAAUACCAUAAGGGCUUCAAAAAGACAGCUUGACACACCAUAUUAGAAUAUGUCUAAUAGAACAACACUAACUGAUACAGUAACUGGCAAACACAGGCCAAACAUAGCUAGCAGAAAGGCUCUAGAAAUAUGUAGCCGGGUACUAAGGGUCCAUUCACACGUCCGUAUGUGUUUUGCGGAUCCGCACUUUGCCGGCACUCUCAUAGAAAAUGCCUUUUCUUGACCGCAAUUGCGGACAAGAAUAGGACAUGUUCUAUUUUUUUGCGGAACAGAAGUGCGGAUCCUAAGAUGCGGACAGCACAUUCCGGCCCUAUUGAAAAUGAAUGGGUCCGCACCUGUUCCGCAAAAUUGCGGGUAAAAGGUAAGGAAGCUUAUUUAUGUAUGACACUAGUUCAUUCAAUCACAAAAGGUGAUGAAAUGUCAAACAUUGUGCAUUAUCAGAUGGACAGUUAGAAGUAAGUAAAAUCAUCCAGAAUCGCACUCUCUAAACAGACAGCACAGAGUGGCAGUUUUUCUGGAUUUCAUUAAAACACUCCUAUUUUGUAUUACUUCAUUGUACUUCAAAUAAAAGGAUCUUUCUGAUUGCUCAAUAUUACAACAUGGAUCCUAUAAGCCAA